AUGUCUGGACUAGUCCAUGUUUGUAGGCUCUGCAAGAGUCGCCGCUCAGCUCACAAGAUCAAGUACCGUUGCGGCACCAGAAUUGAGCGAAAAAUUGGUGAUUGUGUGUGGUAUCCUGGAGUCAUUGAAGGGCAUGAGGAGAAACAGGAGCACAAAAUUAUCAAUCACAUUCGGUACGAUGAUGGAGACACUGAGGAACUAGAAAACCUUGAGCUGAGGAAGAAAGAUACUGUCAAGAUUCUUGGUGAGGGCACAUCCAGCAACAAGAAGACUAAGCUCAUGCCAGAAGCCAAGCAGCGUGAAGUGAUCGAGAUUGAUGACAUUGAUGAUGAAGCUGUGCCUGCCAUGCCCACGCCUCAAGAAACUACAUGUACCUCCACUCUGGCUGCUGUCAAACAAGAAGAAUCUUUAGCGCCUGAUGAGCAGCCAAGUGGCAGGCAUAUCAUGGCCCCAGUCAAGCACGAAGGCAAUCAACAAAAUCUGAACCAAGAUACUGAAUCGAUCAAAACUGAAGUGAAUCAACAGUCUGUUGUGGCUGCAAAAACUGAGGAGCAACUCCAAGAUGAUCAUAACGACAGUGAAGCAGCUUCUGUUGCAAAAACUGCAGAGAAUCAACAUGGCCACACAGCAGAGAUCACAAGUCCUGUUGCUGUUACCUCUGGCGAGCCAAUCAAUGAGGAUGCUCGUGAUGGCAAAACUGGCCAGGCGCCAACAACUGGCCAGGUUGUUGGCGCCUCAGGUCUUCUUGAUAGUGAAAAAGAAGACAGAGAUGCCCCCAGGAACAGACAAACCACCACUAACGAUGAAGCAUCUGUGCUCGACAGCUCUGGUUCCAACACUGGAACAGAAGAUAACACUGCCUCUGUAAAACACCAAGAUGACAGCGUCCCAGAUGUGCAACUUUCGGAGGCACAAGUGGUUCGCCAGGAAGUUUUGACUGAUGUAAGGCAGGAUGCAAGGGUCAAGGCAGAGAAAUGUACAUCAAGUCUGUCACCAGAGGAGUUACAAAAACGAGAGCUUUGCUUUCAUAAAUGGAAGCUUGCCAAUACAGACCCAGACACUCAAAAAGGUCGUUAUGUUUUCCGCCGUGGAUGUUAUGCACAGUGCAUUACAAAGAUUCUUGGAGGAAGUGGCAUGCAACCUUUUCCACAGGUCAAGAAUCCACCCAAUGUGAACACUAAGGACGCAAUUGUUGACUGGGAGGUCAACCCAUUUAUCAAACCAGGUGAGUUCUACGUGGCUGGAAACGAAGCGUGGAACCCAUUUGGGCCAAGAUUUCCUGGAGAUAGGGGCUUUGUCUUGACAGCUGGCGUAAACCAGAAUCCAGAGCAAGAGGAAUUUCAUGUUUUUGUGGAGUGUGCAAAUAAACCCAGUAAACGCCUUUGGCAUGGAAAGCUGGCGGCUGGCGGAAGGAUGUAUGUUGGUGUCUAUCGACUGGUGGACGAUGAAGAUUAUAUUGAAAGCAGCGUCCGUUUCGCCUCAGAUACAGAUCUGGAUUUCGACAAUAAGCUUUCCGUUGCCCGUGAUUAUGUACGGUAUUCCUACAACGAAUUUGGCAAGAACAAUCUCGGCCCUGAAAUUGAAGCUAAGCACGUAACCAUGGCCAAAAGACUAAGACAACAAUAUGGAGAGGAGUACGGAAAGGAGCAAGAUUGGGCUUCUUUGGAUGAGAGAGAUAAGGAUGAUUGGACCAUGCUGGCCUACCUAAUUGACACUGACUAUACAUGGCAUGUUGCACCUAUCAAGUUUGUUCGAUUCGAUGAAGCUCUGUAUCAAUCAUUGGUCAAAUUUGACUGUAUCAUGGGCAGCAAAACCAAGAAAAAGCGUGUGUCUCUUGAAAGCACUGUGCUUCAAUACUAUUUCUAG